UUUCAACCCCAAUUUUUAUAAAGUUUAUUAAAUAUAAAUACAAAAAGGAAAAGGAAAAACCAUUACCACACCCCCACCAGUUUCGCCCACGAACCAGCCUUCAUUUCUGUGCUCAACUUCUUCUUCUCUCUCUCAUUUCUAGCCUACUGUUUCUAUCAAGGUUUUUGGGAAUUUUUGAAUAAUGGAAUGCAUUGAGGCACGUGCGCUGAAACCGAGUUUCCUGUCGCAAAUGGCUUUGAAAACGAAUUCUCAAGUUUAUUACAACGACGACGUUUGGUGUUUGACCGGAGUUAACAACGUUGUUUCCGAGGAUUUUCCCGUCGAGGACCUGCUCAACCUCGAUCUCCCCGAGAAGGAUUUUCAGGAGCUCUGUUUUUCUCAGGAAGAUGAGGAUAUUUCGCAGAAAGGAAAUUCGGUUUAUUCCUCUUCUUCGUCUUCCAAUUUUUCCGGUGACUUCGACAGCCUCUCCGCCGAGCUCACCGCUCCGGUUGAGGAUUUCGAGAAUUUGGAAUGGUUGUCACAAUUUGUGGAUGAUUCGACGUCGGAGGUGUCGUUAUUGUGCCCAGCCGGAAUUUUCACGGCGCAAACCGGAGUUUUAUCAGUGAACCGGUCGCAUCCGGUUCACAAGAUGCAGGAGGUGAAGCGAAUUAUGCCUCCGUAUUUCCCGAUUCCGAUUCCGGUUAAAGCCAGGAGCAAGCGGCCGAGGUUCACCGGCCGGCCGUGGUAUCUGGCGGCGGCGCCGUUGAGCUCCGUCGACUCGUCUUCGACGACGUCGUCGUCGCACGGCUCCUCCACUUUACCCUCGUUUGUUUGGUCGGACCCGGUUCAUGAUGUUGAGUGGUUCUCCAGCGCGGAAAAACCGGUGCUUAAGAAACAAAAGCGGAAAACCGAUGGCGAGACCAGUCCGGUUUUGGGCCGGAGAUGUAGGCACUGUCAGGUGCAGAAGACGCCGCAGUGGCGAACCGGACCGCUGGGGCCGAAAACGCUGUGCAAUGCUUGUGGCGUCCGGUUCAAGUCGGGCCGCCUCUUUCCCGAGUAUAGACCGGCUUUUAGCCCGACUUAUUCGAAGGAGUUGCAUUCGAAUAGCCACCGGAAAGUUUUGGAAAUGCGGCAGAAGAAGGAUACGGUCGUUGAACCGGAGUCAACGACACCGGUUCAGAGUCAGUGAGAUUAGGAUUGGUGAUAGUUUUAGAACCGGUAGGUGCGGACCGGUGGCUGCUGAAAUGUUCAAUUUCGGUGGCGAACCGUAGAGAUAGGGAGGUUAUGAAUUUAGUUGUUCUUUUUUCUUUAAUGUAAUCCAUCCUUUAUUUUUUGCAGUGUUUAGACUAAUUUAAAUUAGUGUUGCCAAUUAAGAUUAUUUUGCGAAUUUCAUUCAA